UCCUGACCCGCCGACCCUGGACUCCGAAACUCCGAACUCGGACCCCCAGCAUCUCGGACCCGUCCCGCGGAGCUCUCGCCGGGCAGACGCCGCGAUGCCCGGCCCUUGGUUGCUGCUGGCCAUGGCGUUGACCCUGACCGUGGCUGGUAUUCCGGGAGGUCGCGCACAGCCGGAGGUGGCCCAGCAGGAGGCAGCGAUGGCCGCCGAGCACGCGGGUCUGGACGACCUCCUGCGCCAGGCGGAGCGCCUCCUACUCCUCGGCGAAGACCUCCAGCGGCUGCGAGGAAACCAGGGUGAGCCAGAAUCAGAGGCUCAGAUCAUUCAACCGGACUGGCUCUCCAAGCGUCAGCAUCCAGGCAAAAGGGAGGGGGAGGCAGAAGAAGGAGUUGAAGAGGAGGAGGAAGAAGGUGGGGCUGUGGGCCCCCACAAAUGGCAGCACCCUGGCCGGCGGGAGGAUGUGGUCGCAUGGUCCGAUGUAGCCCAACAGAAGCGGCAGCAUCCUGGCCGGCGCUCCUCCUGGCUGGGGUACACUUUAACCAAGAGGCAGCACCCAGGCAGACGGCUGGUGGAUUCCAAGGCCCAGAGGAGCUGGGAUGCAAAGGAGGAGGAAGAGGAGGAGGAGGAGGGAGAGCUGAUGCCCGAGAAACGCCAGCAUCCGGGCAAGAGGGCCCUGGGAGGCCCGUGUGGGCCCAGGGGAGCCUGUGGUCAAGCCAGCCUGCUGCUGGGGCUCGUGGAUGACCUGAGCAGGAGUCAGGGGGCCGAGGAGAAGCGGCAGCAUCCUGGGCGGCAGGCAUCCUGGGCCAGGGAGCCGCUGGAGGAGUGA